GAACGUUUAGAAGGUCCAGAUUCUUACUAGCCUGGUUUAUGAUAGCCUCUUUGCAAAUUCCCAUUGCUCUCUCUUUCUGAAACCCUCACCCAAACCCUAAUUCUAGAGAUUCACGAUGAUCGCUAAUCCUUUCAGUCUCUCCAAUCUUUGAUCAAGGUUCUCCAAUCUUUUAAUUUUCUCUUUUUGAUUGCGACGUGUCGGAAUCUCAAGCAUCGAAGUUGCCGACUCUUUCUUUGAUCGAUCGGUGGUGGGAUUGUUUUUCGAAGAUUUAUUUUUGGUUCGAGUUUCAGAAGAUCUGGAUCGGCGGAGAAUCGAUUAAUUCGGAGCGAUUUUUCUAAUAAAACAAUCGAAGAGUUCGUGUGAAUUUGGUGAAGAUCUAUGACCAAGGGGCUUUUUCAUAAUUCCGUGUGAUUUGCCCUAAUAUUUUUCGAAACUUAUGGUUUCGCGUACAAAUUCGAAAAAAUUGGGGGCUUUUUCGAUAAAAUCAUGGAGAAAUUCUCGGAAUUGAUUUCUUGAAGAGAGAGCUUCGGAUAUUCCCUCUGAGAAGAAUCACGAGUUUGGUUUGGUUUCUCUUAGAAUAAGGAAAAAAAAAGAAAUUUUGUACUGUUUAUAUUUGGUUUUUGUUUUUUUUUAUGAGUGAAUAUCAGGCCUAUUUUUUCUUGAAGGCCAAUAAAUAAGUUCAUUACAAAAAUUUUUUUGUGUGUUUCAUUGUUAUUAAGAAAGGAAAAAAAUGGCUGUUUAUUAUAAGUUUAAGAGCGCACGAGAUUUUGAUUCAAUUUCCAUGGAUGGUCCUUUUAUAAGUGUUGGUACCUUGAAAGAAAAAAUAUUUGAAUCAAAGCACUUGGGCAGGGGUACCGACUUCGACCUCGUUGUCACUAAUGCCCAAACUAACGAAGAAUAUCUUGAUGAAGCAAUGUUAAUCCCAAAAAAUACUUCUGUAUUAAUUCGCCGGGUUCCUGGAAGGCCUCGCAUGCCCAUUGUUGCUGCUCAAGAGCCUAAGGUGGAAAGUCAGAUAGAAAAUGCUCAACCAGAAAAGAGUAACUUCCUGGAUGGUGAUUCAUCUGUCCCGAAAUAUGCUGAUGAUUCCGAAUGGGAUGAAUUUGGGAAUGAUUUAUAUUCAAUCCCUGAAACGCUGCCUGUGCAAUCAAACAAUCCACUUCCUGAUGCCCCCCCUACUAAUAAAGCUGAUGAGGACAGCAAGAUUAAGGCUUUAAUUGAUACUCCUGCCUUGGACUGGCAGCGCCAAGCUACGGAUGGUUUUGGACCUGGUAGAGGCUUUGGAAGGGGUAUGGGUGGAAGGAUGGGUGGGCGUGGUUUUGGUCGAUUAGGGUUGGAGCGCAAAACACCUCCUCAGGGUUAUGUUUGUCACCGCUGUAAGGUGCCUGGGCAUUUUAUUCAGCACUGCCCCACAAAUGGUGAUCCAAACUAUGAUAUCAAAAGGGUGAAGCCUCCAACUGGCAUUCCAAAAUCGAUGCUAAUGGCAACUCCAGAUGGCUCUUAUGCAUUGCCAAGUGGAGCAGUUGCAGUUUUGAAGCCCAAUGAGGCUGCUUUUGAGAAAGAAAUUGAGGGCUUACCUUCCACUCGUUCUGUUGGUGACCUUCCACCUGAACUCCACUGCCCGUUGUGCAAGGAAGUUAUGAAAGAUGCAGUUCUAACUAGCAAAUGUUGUUUUAAGAGUUUUUGCGAUAAAUGCAUAAGGGACCACAUUAUCUCAAAGUCAAUGUGCGUAUGUGGGGCGACCAACAUACUUGCCGAUGAUCUUCUGCCAAAUAAGACCCUAAGAGAUACAAUUAAUCGUAUACUGGAGUCUGGUAACAGUAGCGCUGACAAUGCUGGAAGCACUUUUCAAGUUCAAGAUAUGGAAUCCGCUCGGUGUCCACAGCCAAAAGUUCCAUCUCCUACUACAUCGGCUGCAUCAAAGGGAGAGCUGAAGCUAGUAUCUGCUAAGGAAGAAAGUCCUGAUGUGAAGGAUAAAGCUAAUGAGGUGAAGGUAGCUAUUCCCCCAAGACAGGUCUUGGAGAAAGUUAAGAUUGCUAAACCUGCUGAUGCAUCUGAGGCUACACUGGAGUCAAUGAGUGUGAAGGAACCUGCAUCACAAGGGAGUGCCCCACUUGCAGAGGAAGAAGUGCAACAGAAGGUGGCUUCUGGAGAGGCAGGAAAGAAAAAGAAAAAGAAGAAGGUUCGUUUGCCAGCAAAUGACUUGCAGUGGAAAACCCCUCAGGAUCUUGCAGCUGAGAACUAUAUGAUGUCUAUGGGUCCCUCAGCCUAUAAUCCUUACUGGACUGGUAUGCAGCCUGGGAUGGAUGGGUUUAUGGGUCCUUAUGCUGGUGCCAUGCCCUAUAUGGGGGGUUAUGGACUAGGUCCAUUGGACAUGCCAUUUGGAGGUGUCAUGCCUCCAGAUCCUUUUGGUGCUCAAGCUUACAUGUUUCCUCCUAUCCCACCUCAGAGAGAUCUUGCUGAAUUUGGAAUGGGUAUGAAUGUUGCCCCACCUAUCAUGAGCAGAGAGGAAUUUGAGGCUCGGCAAGCUGAUUUGAGGAGGAAGCGUGAAAAUGAGAGACGUGGUGAAAGGGAGUUCUCCAGAGAUCGGGAAUUUGGUAGAGAAGUUAGCAACAGUGGUGAUGUUUCAUCGUUGAAGUCAAAAUCUAAGCCUAUCCCACAAAUGUCAGGUGGUGACCAUCGCCAUGAACAUCUUCGGCACCAAUCAGAGAGGACCUCACCUGAACGCUCCUCACGGGACCAUGAAGCACCACCUCGCCCUUUAAAGAGAAAAGCUGAACAGCAUCAUGAACGCGAUCAUGACUAUGACUAUGAUGAUCGUGACCGUGAUCGCCAUCAUCACCAUCGAUCUGACUCUUCCAAGCUUGCCCCUGAAACAGUCACCAAAGCCACUUCCUCAAGUACGACAGCAGCAAUGGAUAAGAAGCAAAAGGCAAGUGUGUUUUCUCGUAUCAGCUUUCCAGAAGAAGAGCUGAGCAAGAAGCGCAGGCUAUCUUCUGAUGCACCUGCAUCUUCUGGACACCACAAGUCAUCAUCCAACGGAUACUAUGAUGACUACAAGACUACUUCAGCAGCUGGCAAGGCAAUUUCUGCUACUGGUGGCGGUGGUAGGAAGAACAGUAGUAGCAAUGCUGUAGAUUAUGAGUCUAGUGAUGAUGAUAGACAUUUCAAAAGGAAGCCCUCCAGGUAUGAGUCUUCGCCGCCACCACCAUCAGCUGAGUGGGUGGAAGAAUCGCGGCACUCAAGAGGAUCCAAGGAACGAGAUCGUAGCGGUUAUAGUAAACAUAGAUAGGGUAUAGUAGAUUUUGUAUUGUUGCUCGCUGUAGCAGCAGCCUAAGCUCUCAUGGAGCUACCGCAUACUGUUGCACCAUUAUUAGCUUAAUAAUUAUAUAAAAUGUUUUUGAUCUGUGUUUUACAACCA